AUGUCUCAAACUUUAUAUUUCAGCGUUCUUCUCAUCGCUCUCUGUUCAUUAUCUGAAUGCAUUCAGCGCCGCUAUCACCACAUAAACAUACAGAAGACCUGGACUGAAGCUCAGAGAUACUGCAGAGAGAAAUACACAGAUCUGGCCACAGUCAACAACAUGAACGACAUGAACAACCUGAAUCAACUGAAGAUGAUAAUAGGUCACAGUCUAAUUAAUAGUGUGUAUGCUGGUGUCUGGAUUGGCCUGAAUAGAUCAAGUGUUUAUAAAUGGAAGUGGUCUCUGGGUGAUCCUGUGAAAUAUACAAACUGGUCUAAUGGAGACUCAAAUGGUCCAGGUCAUUGUGUUUAUAUGAGAUAUGGAUCAUGGCAUCAUCAGGACUGUAAUGUGAACAAGAGAUUCAUCUGCUACAAUGGUGAUAAAGGAUUCAUCAUUGAUGGUUCUUCAGUAUCAUGGAGAGCCGCUCAGAUCUUCUGCAGACAGCAUCAUACUGAUCUGACCAGUGUGAGGAAUCAGAUUGAGAAUCAACAGAUUCAGAAGAUCAUGAAUAACACAAACAUAUCUGAAGUCUGGAUUGGUCUGUUCAGUGACUCAUGGGAGUGGUCAGAUGAGAGUGAAUCUGGAUUCAGAAACUGGGUGCCUGAUAAUCUGAUAUUGAUCCAGAUGAAUCUGAGCUGGUCUGAAGCUCUGAGAUACUGCAGAGAGAAUCAUGUGGAUCUGGUUUCAGUUGAUUCAGAGGAGAUUCAGUUCAUGGUGACUAAAGUGAUUCAUCAGUCCUCUACUGACGCCGUGUGGAUGGGGUUACACUAUUACUGCCAAAUGAACCUCUGGAUCUGGAUACGAGGAGAGGCCGUGUGCUAUCAGAAUUGGGCUUCAGGGAACGGAGCAGGACUUAUGGAUUGCAACACUGAACACAGAGCUGGCGCAGUUCAGUCUGGAGGAGAUCAUCGCUGGAUCAGCCUUCCUCGAUCUCACAAACUCAACUUCAUCUGCAUCAGAAAAGAAUAA